UUUACAAAUAAAAAAAACCUUAAUCAAGUCAUAAUUAAAAAACUGUAUGACGUCAUGACGGUACAUUAUUGUAGUGAUGGAGACAGAAGACAAUGUAAAUAAACACAUGAAUAAUGUGACCACAACCAAAAUGGCUGAAAUACAUCAUACAUCAAAUGAACAUAUUCUAAAAAACAUACAACAAAUGAAAUUAUUAAACGAAAAUUACACUCAACAACAACAUCAACGCAUAUUAACGCCUCAGGAGCGUAAACAUGAAAUGCAUGAUUUCAAAAAUAACAAUAUUUCAAUCACAUUCCAAGCAUACCAAACCAAAGAUACUACAAAAUGUCCGUACGAUGAUGAUUUUGAAAAUACAGGCGCACCAACAGAAACAAAUAAUAAUAACGAAGUAAAUUAUGAUGAUAAAAUGGAGGACGAAGAUAAAAUGGAAGAUGAUGAUCAGAAUAAAUCAUCAGUAAUUGAUGAAUCUGAAUCGCAAAGUGAUAAUUUAUCAGAAACAAAUGUUCAACAGAAUUUACAAUCGUUAGAACCAUCACAUCAUGCUAGACGACCAAUGAAUGCCUUUUUAAUAUUUUGUAAACGGCAUCGUGCUGUUGUCCGGGAAAAAUAUCCAACGUUAGAGAAUCGUGGUGUUACAAAGAUUUUGGGAGAAUGGUGGGCUGGUUUGGAGGAAGAUGAUAAAGCAUGUUAUACAGCGUUAGCUAAACAAUAUAAAGACGCUUUCUUCAAUGCCAAUCCCGAUUUUAAAUGGUACAAAUUGCCAGCACCACCGUUAAGAACAUUAAAUACACGCCCUGGAAAUUAUUCACGGCCAAAUUCAAGCAUGGGUUUUGAUUAUGGCUACGAAAAUCAUUCAGAAUCCGAGCAUAGUUAUUUAAAUAUGUCAGAUUUUACACCAGGAAAAUUAGCCGAUGAAACUCAAUUAGGUAAUUUAAGUUCAUUGAUCGAUCCAAACUAUAAUUCCAUCAAUAACGAAAAUAUGAACGAACCUCAACGUGAUCGAUUCGAUGGCGAUCCGUCACCACCAAAACCAAUUCGCAAACGAUACGUCAAUGAAAUAGAUUCAACUUCUUCAGAAUCACCUGUAGUUCAAAAUUCCUCACCAUUUACAAAUUUACGUAAUCAUGCGUUAACGAGCACACAAACUUUGGAAGACCGAAAAUUAAAGCGCUUACAUAAAAUUAAGACAUCUUCGAGACAUGAUAAAAAACAUUUAUGGGCUGAUGAUGAUGUGCCAAAUUCAACUGAAAGUAUGACGCAACAGGAGUUAAUCGAUCGUAUAGUUGAGCAUAGUAUGCGUAACUCGGACGAUAGUGACUAUAUCCUUGAAAAAAUACCAAAAAAUAAUCUUGACUUAAUACGAAAAUCGGGGAGAUCAUGUAAGGGAAAACGGUAUGCGGAAUUUAUGACCGAAGGUCGUUUAGUAGUAAAUAAACGUAGUAAAAAAAGUAAAAUGAUGUUUUCCAGUCAAAUGAGAUCUCCUUCAUAUCUAAUUAAAAAUAAAUCACCAGGUGACCUUGAAGAAGAUGAUCAUAGUCAUUAUCAUCAUCAAUUAUCGUACAACGUAAACUUAAAUUGUACAAUACAAAAACUAUCUGAUCGAACGGCUAAUAAGAAUAUCACGGAGGAGCAGCAACAUACUGACGAUGAAUCUCCACGACAACGUACACAUUCUGGUGCAUCGGAUGAUAGUAUUACAAAAAAAAUGUUUCGUGCUGCUGAUUUUAAUUUAGAUGAGAAAAUUGAAGCGUUACCAAGUUUAAGUUUAGAGAAAUUUCAACAAAAGAAAAAAGAGAAUAAAAAACGUAAAAAAAUUAGUCAUACACCAAAGACACAAUUUAUUCAUAAUAAUAAUAAUAAUAAAAUAGCCACGACAAAUAAUAAUAAAAUGGAGGCAAAUAACAAUACACAUUCAACAGUGACUGGAUCACGGAAACGGAAAGCACGUAAGGAAAGUAUUACACAUGUUGUAGCAACAUCGCCGCCACCACCAACAACAACAACCCAAACUGUACACACAACAACGCCAGAUUUAUUUAAUUUGGCAACAUUGGCGGAAGUUGCUGUUAAAUUAGGCGGUAAUCCUCCAUAGCAUAAUUUAUAAAUCCAUUGUGCUCUCAUAUUUUUACACAAAAAGUUUUUUAUAUUACCAAAUAUUAGGUCUUUAUGCAAGGUUUUUUGAAAAUGGGUGUUCCAUUUUCGAUGUCGUUGAUGUUUUGUACUAGAAGGUCAUGUAUUGUGGACAAGUGACUGGUAAAAACAUCCCGGUUAACAAAAAUGGCGAGACACAUUUCCACACUUAUCUCUUGAAAAGCAUCAAUGAUAUUUAGUUUCAGAUCAUCUACGGUUUGAAAUUACGUCUGCUUUAUGAGAGAUUUUUCAAUUUCAAAACCAUUCAAAUAUUUCACCAUUUUCGUUAACCAGGCCUUUUUUACUUUCCACAUAUCAAAAUGCAUGACAUUCUAAUGGCGAUCGGUACCUUUUAAAAUAACAUCGAAAAUGGAAAAUCCGAUAUAUACUAACUAGGUUAUUUCUUACUUAAAAUGUCCUGUACCAAUAAUUUACUUCAAGGCUGGCUUAGAACAAAUAGAUAAAAUUUCUUUUUAACACUUGAUUUCGAUGCUUAUCGUCGAAGUACACGAACUCCCCUUCAUUAGAUUAAUUUAAAAACAAAUUCAUAAUUCUUCCAAAGAAAGAAAGAUUUAGACAAUAAAAAUUUCUAUAAAAAAUACACCCAACUCUUUCGAGGAUUUAAGGGCAUCAUAUGCGGUUUGUUCGAGCGCGAUGUGAUUAUAUAAACCAAAAAUUUAUAAGUUAGCGGAGAAGAAGGUCGCGUAUACAGGCACGAAUGCAAUCUGGUAUUUGUGUACUGUAUUUACAAAAGAAUCAGUAGAUGUUAUUACGAUAGUAUUACACAGAGCAUAGUGGCUUAGGGAAAGGCUGCAGGACCCAUAACCCAAAGGUCCAUAGAUCGAAACUACGCUCGGCUAACAGAAUUUUUUUUAAACAAAAUUAUGGAAGUGUAGAGCGUUUACAACUGGACACAAUCACUAGAGGCGUUCGGUAAACUCUUUUUUAACAUUGUCAGUAAUGGGAGCUCCUCUCCUUCUCCUUCUCCUCUAUCUUAUACUCUUUGAUAUAAUCCAAAAUAGUUAUUGAACUACAAAAGUAAUCACAAUAAUGUGGAGAUAAAGUUCGUGUGUAUUUGUCUAGGUGCCUGAAUCGCGUCCAAAAAACCGUCUUUUUAACGAAGUCGGACAAGGCGAAGCGAGGACAGUCGAAACACUACAAAUAUCACAUUCUCGUUUCUCGCUCGACUUUGUGCUACUUCAAGAGAGUGUCGAGGACCAUUUAAAAAAAAGUUGGGUGUAUUACAUUGUUUUUCUCUUUCAUAAUUCUCAAGCUAAAACAUAGUUCGAUAGUUAGAAUGAGAAAGGGAACUAUUGCCUAAUAUUCAAGUCUCAGUGAUUAAACUAGUAAGGACAUAUCUUAUUAUAUGAAUACCUACGUAUUUCUUCCUCAACAACCGACUCUCAAAUAAAUAGACUGAUCUGCUCGAAGUUGAUAAACAAAAAGCUAUAUUUCUUAGUGACUUAGUAACAUAUCUGUAAGAAUUGUGAAGUAAAAAUGAUGCCAAAUAAUAUGCUACAAGAAAUAACCUAAUUUAAGUUAUAUGUAAAACCUUGGACUAUAUUUAUUUUAUUAAGGUUUUAAAAAAAGGAUUUAUUACAACAAAUAAAAAAUUUUAUAUUUAACUAAUAGUUACCACUAUAAAAAAAUUAUGUUUCAAAAUAGGGGAUUCAUUCUAGCAAAUAGCUGGGUGCUAGUUGUGGGAGUAUUUCAUGCAUAGAUUAUAAAUUUUAUGGCCUUUUUAAAGAAUUUGUUUUACUUUGGAGAGGUUUAGAGUGUUUAGACGAUUUUAUCGUAUACGUAAUAAGUAUAUUGGAUAUUAAGUUUGGAAAUAUUUACAAUUUUAUUUGUUGUAAUAACGAAAACAAGUUUUAAUUUAAACAAUUUUUAAAUGUUGUCAAUUUUAAUAGUUAUGCUAAAACUUAUAUUACACGAUUUUAUAGAAACAUCAUAUUCCCUUCGAGGCCGAAAAUUUUCUUACUUCAAUCGCUUAGUUUUCAAUCUAUUGAAAUACACGAACGCAAUCUGAAGUUUCAUUUGCUGUUGUUCGAAAGUUUUAAGAGAUAAAGUUCUUCCUUGCGAUUGAGAUUUACGAAAUCGUCGUUGAGUUCUUACAGACUGAUUA